AUGGAUAAAAAUGAAAAAAAGAAAGUUUUGGGAGGGACGGAAAAACUUCGUUUACGACGAAAACGCGAAUUAGAGUCCGUGGCGCGAACAUGUCACACGAUUGAUAAAAUGUUUAAAAUACAUGAAGACAUGCCUUCUUCAACCGCCUCUACCAGUUCUUUAAUUCAUCCUGAACUGGAAAAAAUAGAAAUUGAUCAUCAAAAUCGCCAAUGGCUAUCCUUUUGCGAAGAUAAUAACAAAUUAUAUUGUUCAAUUUGUCUUGCGUACGGUGGGUCAAACGAAAAUAUUUUUACUAAAGGUUUUUCCAAUUGGGACUAUGUUCAUCAGUACAUUGAAAGACAUGAAACAAGUAAAUUUCACGAUGAAAAUGUUAUGAAUCAUUUUAUGCGCUCAAAAAAUACUUUAAACAUAACAACACAAUUUCGAUCAUUACGAAAAGAAAAUAUCAUGUUCAAUAGAAAUGUGCUAACCAGAGUAAUAAAUGUAAUAAAAUUAAUAGGCAAAAGAGGUUUAAGCUAUAGAGGAAAGAGAAACGAGAGCCUCUAUACAUUUGAUGACGAUAACGUAGAUCAUGGCACGUUUAUAGAAAUCAUUAUUUUAUUAAGCAAAUAUGACGAUACACUGAAAAAUCAUUUACGAAACUGUAUAGAAAAAAGUAAAAAAAUUCAUGAAUGUGGAAAAAGACAAGGAAGGGGUAACUUAAUUAGUUUUUUAUCCAAAACUACUGUAAAUUACGUAAUUGAAGCAAUUUCUCAAUUAAUAAAAAAUAAAAUUUCACAACAAAUUAAUGACUCUGGAAUGUACAGUAUCCAAAUAGACACUACACAAGACGUAAGUGUGCAAGACCAGUGUGUGGUUGUUGUGAGGUAUAUUAAUAAUAAUAAUAUUAAUGAAAGACUUUUAUCCACCAUUAAUAUGGAUUCAUCGACUGGUGAAUCAUUUUACAACGUUGUAAAAGAACUUUUAGAAAUUAACAAUAUCGAUAUAACAAAAUGUAUAGGUAAUUCUACGGACGGUGCAAGUAAUAUGCAAGGCAAAUAUCAGGGUUUUUCUGCUCACAUGUUAAAGUCAAAUGCUGAAAAUGUGCACGUAUGGUGUUAUGCACAUAUUUUAAAUUUAGUUAUAUCUGACAUUACUCAAUCUUCCAUAACGGUUGCUACAUUAUUUAAUUUGUUAAAUUUAAUUGCUGUUUUUAUUAGAGAAUCAUACAUCCGAAUGAAUAUGUGGAAUUAUUUUAAUAAAGAUAAUAAAAGAAAGAAAUUGAAUAUAAUUGGAGAAACACGAUGGUGGGCCAAAGAUGCUAUCCUUAAAAAAAUAUUUGAGAAAGGUUUAGAUUUUAUUAAAGCUUACAAUAUGAUUUCCUGUGCAAUUCAAUCUCUAAAAGAAAUAUCAAGAAAUUUCUGUGUAAUUAAUGAAGUUUCGGAUGAAUUUGUAAAUUAUGCCAAUAAUAAUUUAGAUGAAAUGGAAUGCGAUGUUAUGCUGGAAUCUAAAUUACCAGAAAUUAGGCGACGUCAGAAAAAAAUAAUGCCCGGAGAAAAAGCUUUGGAUGAAACUACUUCGAAUGCGUUGAAGAAUUUUGAAGUGAAUGUGUAUAAUUUUGCUAUUGACAUGGCUGUUCAAAGCAUGGAAAAUCGUUUUUCAAAAAAUCAGUCAUUUUAUUAUGACAUAGGAUGUCUGGAUCCAAAAAAUUUUACGGAACCUACUCCCAAAAAUGUAAACGACUCAUUUAGAAAAGUCUCAGAAGAUAAUGUAAUUAAUGAUAGUGAUGAUGAUGACAACGACGAUGAUAAUGACAAAACUAUUUCGCCCUCUCAUUGCGGAGCUUGUAAAAAUUGUCCAAUUUGUUGUUAUAAUAUUUUACAACGCUACAAUAUGUUAAGCGGAACAUACGCUACACUUGGACAAGCUUAUAAGUAUUUAUUAACUUUGUCUGUGACUCAAGUGUCCUGUGAACGAAGCUUUUCUAUUUUAAAAUAUAUAAAAAAUAGACUUAGAUCAACCAUGUCUCAAGAAAAUUUAGAUGCAUUUAUGCUGAUGGCAGUGGAAAAAGACUUAUUAAACAGUAUUGAUUCUGACGACGUUAUUAAUCUUGUUGCAAAAAAAAGCAAUUUAUUGUUUGAGAAAUUAAUGUUGUAA